ACGACCAAACCUCCAAACGCCAUUAAUGGACGAAUCAUGGAACAUUCCGAUGGGACUGAUACUCCCACGUCGGCGAUCUACCGAAGAUUCUCGCCGGAACCCACGGGCUCCCGCCGACGGGCUGGACCCCAACGACUUCCGCGAUGUCUUCGGGGGACCUCCGCGGACCGUUCUCCUCCGACGAUUCUCCGGCGAGCUCUCCCUGGAGGGAGCGCGGAGGCCAGAAUCGAUCUACGACGAGAUAUUCCGGUCAUCGGAGAGGGCAAUACGUGAUACAGGCCGACAGAGGAGGUUGCCGGGGUUUCAGAUUCCUCCCGCGGCGGAAGGGAGCGUGAGGACGAAUUUAGGGUUUUAUGAUGAUAUAUUUGGAUCGGACGGUGGAAAUCGGAAGUCGAAAUCGCAAUCGAUGGAGAAAUUGAAGCCCUCGGAGUUGAGUCCUGCAAGGCAAUGUCCGGGCGACGAUGCCCUCUUCUCCACUUUUGCUUCUAAACUCAGGCCAAUCACCAUCCCAACUAGGUGGCACAACUCUCCCCCACCAUCAACAUGCUCCACCGUCGAGCCGCCGGAGAACCACCCUUGCUUUCCCUUAAUGUCAUGCUCCGUUGCAGAUGCCAAUAGACACCCAAAACACUCCCACACCAACUUCUACUAUUUUUCCCCACCAAAAACCAUCAAUCCGGAAUCAAGCUUUAUUCAGCCUCUAAAGAGGCCGGUUAACAGUGGCUUCUUCAACUCCUCCGGCGACAUUGGCUCACCCUCAUCAGCGAUAUCAUCAGUGUUUCUUGAAACGAUGGGAGCCGUCAGAUUUAAAUCCUUUGCCGACCACCCGAGCUGUGAAAGAGAGGUGGAGAAGAUGGUGAUGGAGGCGGAGGAGAGAGAUGUUGCUGAGAGCCCAUUUGUUAUUGAGAUUGACAGUCAUGGCACCACAGAGACUAAUGAAGGUGCGGUUGCUGUGGAUGAGGCCAUUGCAUGGGCCAAGGAGAAGUUUUUUAGCCAUGCAUCGACGGAGCCUAAGUGUACAGUAUAAGAGCUACCAUUUCUCAACCUGAUGGAACUUGAGGAGAGAAGAGGUUAAAAAAAAGGUGGAGAAGAAAAUUCAACUGAAAUUGUUUGCAUCAUAUUAUGCUCGAGUAUUAUGUAUAAAAUAAGAUGAGUGAUUUGAAUGUAAUUGGGCUUGUGAUUUGUUUCUGUUUUCAUUUGUCUUGUUCAUAAUAUUUUUGAGUCGAAAGGAUUUGAGUUUGAUUUAUUUUCUAUUUAGAAUGUAUAAAAGGUUAUCAGGUGUAACAUAAUGUUUGC